UCACUUUAUUCUUGAUCCGUAAUUGAAACAAUGAAGCUAAUUGAUCAUCUCUCAGUUUAAAAUUCUGGUUUCAUGUUCAAUAAAUAUCAAAGAAGCUAAGACAACAUAUCAGCCCAACAAGUUUCUGACAGAAACAAGGGAGAUGAGUUAUCUGUAAAGAUGAGUCAGUCUUCUCAAGGGUCGCCCUUCAUGGAUGCCAAUCAACGGAACCAGGUUGUAAAGAUGAGUCAGUCUUCUCAAGGGUCACCCUUCAUGGAUGCCAAUCAAAGGAACCAGGUUGAUGAUUGCAGCGACGGACGACUGAGCAGUGACAACACUGGAAAGAGCUGGCAGCAACGGCAUCAGGAAAGUUAUCAGAGUUCUGAUAAUCUUCAACAACAGCAUCAUCCUAAGGAAAGUUAUCAGAGUUCUGAUCAUCUCCAGCAACAGAAUCAGACUCAAGAAAGUGAUCAGAACUCUGACAAUCUUCAACAAAAGCAUCGACCUAAAGAAAGUUAUCUGAGUUCCGAUCAUCUUAAACAACAGAAUCAGCCUCGGGAAAGUUAUCAAAAUCCUGAUAAUCUUCAACAACAGCAGGCUGUAGUUACAGUUAUACCUUCAGAAGCAUGUGCAGUAAACGAUGAUUCGUCUUUGAUUAACAAAGUUGCUUCAGAUCAGUCGGCUUCUGUUACUGAUCAUUCAAGAGAUGCUCAUCCUAGUGGUUAUCAGAGUUCCCAUUCUCAAACACCAUGGGUUGAGGCUCCUUUGACACAUGAACAGAAUCCCAAUAAUUAUAAUCAUCAUCGUCUUCUACUAUAUCAUGAAGAGCGUGAUAAUUCAACUGAUGCAUGGGGCGAAACUGUUCCUGUAAGGAAAGCUUCAAAUAAACCAAAGUCAAGUUGUUGCCAGUGAUAUAACACUUAUAUUGUCUUCAGAUGCAAGGUGAAAAGCGUAAAAUGUAUCAUGUAUGUGUGUUAAUUUUUAUGUAUAAUAAGCUCAAGAUACAUAAAAAGUUAUCUUGAGAGCAUGUAGGUUGCAUUGAGAGAGCAUCUGUUCUACUUCAGAAAUCAAUGCACUAGUGUGGGUUUUCAGUGCAUGAGUAGCUGACGUUUUUCAUCAUAAGUUUGAUUCAUCCUUCGCUCUAGCCUCUUGCGAUUUGGCGUCAAAUUUCAGCUAUGGAUUCGAGCUGAUGGCUGAUGUGUUCACUCUCUCUGCAUCAUUGAUGAGAUGAACCCCGAUCCUAGUGUACCCAUGCAGUGGUUGGUUGUUUCUCCUGUUUUCUUCUCUCGUUUUGCAGAUGGGUUGGCCAGCUUAGGAUUUGUUGCUGAGGGCUGAUGUGUUCUUGUAUAUUGUUAGAACUCUGUACUUGUUUCUUCUGCAAACCAAAAAUUUUAUUAUGAUUAAAAAAAC